AUGAAGUUCCAUCCUAGUACCACCAGUACCACAGCCUUAUAUCUCUUGAGCUCCCUCCCAACCUCAUAUGCCUGGGGUUCUCUCGGUCACGAGACUGUAGCCUACGUCGCCAGCAAUUUCGUGUCCUCAGACACCACAUCGUUCUUCCAAACUAUUCUGCACAAUCAAACCGACUCCUAUCUUGCGGGUGUAGCAACAUGGGCAGAUUCUUUCCGAUAUACCGCUGCGGGCAGAUUCUCAGCUCCGUUCCAUUUCAUCGAUGCGGAGGAUGACCCGCCUACUUCUUGUGGGGUCAAGUAUUCGAGAGAUUGUCCGGUGGAGGGGUGUAUUGUGGGCGCUAUUCUAAAUUAUACCACACAGCUUCUUGAUCCAGACUUGGAUGCCGUGAAUAGGAAUAUAGCUGCCAAGUUCGUCAUCCAUUUCAUAGGAGAUAUCCACCAGCCCCUCCACGACGAAAACCUGGAUCGAGGAGGGAAUUCCAUCCUCGUGACCUUCGACAACGUACAAACAAAUCUGCACCACGUCUGGGACUCCAACAUUCCCGAGAAACUAGUCGGGGGCUAUUCUCUUCCCGAUGCAGAGAAAUGGGCUACUGCUCUUACUGCCGCUAUCAAGACCGGCGUUUACAAGACUGACGCGGACAGCUGGUUGGAAGGAGUAGAUCUGAGAGAUCCGGUAAGCACGAGUAUAAAAUGGGCCGAGGAGGCGAAUCAGUUUGUUUGUCAGGCUGUGUUGCCCGAGGGGAAAGAUGCGAUUGUAGGGAAGGAGUUGGGGGGUGCGUAUUAUGAGGCUGCGGUGCCGGUUAUUGAAUUGCAGGUUGCGAGGGCGGGGUAUAGGCUUGCUCAAUGGCUUGAUCUGAUUGCUGCCGGAGGUAAGACCGAGUUGUAA